AUGACCACAAGGCAAGUCACUCUUGUUUACACUGGGCCAAGCAGUAGAAGUCCUGCCAAACUUCUGCCUAAGAGGCCUAUCUCUACUAAAACAGAGCGAAAACCCACUGAUGUCAAAAGGAUGACUGGUAAGUCCGCACCAGCUGACUUGAGUCACUCAAAGGCCACCUGUACCAGUUCUGUGAAGAGAAACACCACUCCCACUGGGGCAGCAACCCCAGGAGGGUCGACUUCCACUGGAGUCAAGCCCACAUCUGUACUUUCACAGCCUUCUGUAGCUGUUUCUGUGGACAAGAAGCUAACCUCGGCUAAGCCUAGUUCCUCUGCUCCCAGGCUGAACUGCCUGACCACCACUGCCUCUGCCACUGAUCUGAAGAAUGUUCACUCCAAGACUGGCUCUACAGAAAAUAUCAAGCACCAGCCUGGAGGAGGCCGGGUUCAAAUUCAGAACAAGAAAGUGGACAUCUCCAAGGUAUCCUCAAAGUGUGGGUCCAAAGCUAAUAUCAAGUACAAGUCUGGAGGAGGAGAUGCCAAGAUUGAAAGUCAAAAGUUGAACUUCAAGGAGAAAGCCCAGGCCAAAGGUAGAUCCCUCAAUAAUGCGGGCCACCUGCCUGCAGGAGGUGUCAUGAAGAUUGAGGGCAGUGGCAGUGAGGCCCCUCCGUGUCCUGGUCCCCCUGCUGGAGAGGACCCAGCUAUCCCUGAGGCUGCUCUUGAAGCUGGUGCCCCUGCUUCAGUCAGUGGCCUCAGUGGCCACAUCACUCUGCGGGGUGGUGACCAAAGGGAGCCCCAGACCUUGGACAGCCAGAUCCAGGAGACAAAUUGA